GUCCUCGAGCGGGUCUGUCCCUGACUCUGGGAGCCGGAUCCUCGCACAGCAGAUUUCCGGUCCUUUACCCGCACUUCGCGCUUUUCUUCGCUGCGCGCCCAUCGACAAUGGAUGGCAACUCCCUGCUCUCGGUACCAAGCCAUGUGGGUCACUGAACCAGACUCACCUACCUGCCUCUCUGCUGCCUUGCCCACCAGGAACCACUCCCAGGAAUCCAGCAACUUGGAGUCACCACUGAUGUGUGAGGCUCCGGCAGCCCAGCAGGGCGGCGCCAGCAGCUCGGGGAGCAGCCUGGGGAGCUCCGUCACGGCCUGUAAGAAGGUGCUUCGCAGCAAUAGCCUGCUCGAGUCUACAGACUACUGGUUGCAGAACCAGAGGACACCCUGCCAGAUUGGUUUUGUGGAAGACAAGUCUGAAAACUCCGCUUGCGCCUCCGUCUGCUUUGUGAACCUGGAUGUGAACAAGGAUGAGAGCAGCGCGGAGCACCUGCAGCAGAAAUUGGUCAGCGUGUCACCAGAUCUCCCAAAACUUAUCAGCUCCAUGAAUGUCCAAAAACCAAAAGAAAAUGAAAUUGUCCUCCUCAGUGGGUUAACAUCUGGAAAUCUCCAGGCAGAUUUUAAAGUUUCACAGUACCCUUGGCUGCCAGAUAUCUGCUUGGUCCAGUGUGCGAGAGGGAACAGACCAAACAGUACCAAUUGCAUCAUCUUUGAAAUCAACAAAUUUUUGAUUGGUCUGGAGCUGGUUCAGGAGCGGCAGCUCCACCUGGAAACAAACAUCUUGAAAGUGGAGGAUGACACAAACUGCUCCCUGUCUUCCAUCGAGGAAGACUUUCUCACAGCCUCUGAGCACCUGGAAGAGGAGAGCGAGGUGGAAGAAUAUAGGAACGGUUGUGAGAAUAUAAAUGUUUCAGCCAAUGUUAUGGAAAGUAAGAAGCCAAAGGAAAUCACUCAGGAUGAAUGGAAUUACAAUAAGGAAAAGUCCCUUUAUACUUUGGAAAACAAAUGCAUUAGCAAAUACCAUACAACAUUGUUUAAAACAGAAGGAUCUCUGGAAAAAGUAGCAGAAGACACAACUUCACAGGGUGUAGAUCCAUCAGCUAAACUAUCAGAGCGGAAAGGUGAGGCUGUGGAGACCAGGAGGACAGCCACAGAUUACCGUUACUCAGAAAAUGUCCUAGGUCGGGCAGAAACACCGCAGGCACGGUGUAUUCCAGGCAACGCUUAUUUCCCCAGGGUGCUCACACAAGAUGGACCUUGUGCCCGUGGGGCUGUCGUGGAGCGUGGCCACAGCUCAGGGCCAGAAGAUCAUGAAGACAGACCAAGCUCUCUUCUUCCCACACAAGAUGGAGAAGCCACAACCGGCGAGUAUGCCACAAAUUUAGCAGAAUCUGUGCUGCAAGAUGCAUUUAUUAGAUUAUCCCAGUCUCAGCCUACACCACCCCAAGAAUCCGCAGUCAGUGUCUCUGUAGGAAGUGCUCUGCUCCCCAGUGGCUGUUCCACAGAAGAUAUCAUGGUCUCUCGGUCAUGGAAUGAGCUCCCCAAAAUUGUCAUUGUUCAGAGUCCAGAUGGCAGCAAUGCUGCCCCGGAGCCAGGCAUCUCUUCAUGUUCUGAGAUGGAAGUCUCUUUUGAAACCUCAGGCGACCCCUCUGGAGAGAGCGCCGGCAGACACCCACAGAGUGCUCUAGAAGUGGCAUUAGCAUGUGCGGCCACCAUGAUUGGUACUAUUUCCAGUCCUCAGGCCACAGAAAGACUGAAAAUGGAGCAAGAAUCCCUUAUUUCAAACCAUCCACUGGGAUGCAAUGAACCGCUGCAGAUUCAGGCAUCCCAAGUACUCAAGGAACCUGCCAUCAGUGAAUACUCAUUUCCAUCUGCCUUGUGUGGCAUGACUCAGGUGGCCAGUGCCGUUGCCGUCUGUGGCCUGGGUGAAACAGCAGAGGUGAAGUGCCCUGAGGCUUGGAGUGGAGUCUUGUCUGCAGCUGAGUCUUCUGCAGCAAUCCCCUCACUUUUUAAUUUAGCAACAGGGAGGGACGUGGAGCUGGGAAAGGAAGCCAUUGCAGAGGCAUUGUUCAAGGAGGCCGCUCUGGUUUUAACAAGGCCGGACAUCUACAGCAGCAUUGGAGACCUCACGGCAUCGAUGAACCGAAGAAUCGUGGAAGCUGCUUCAAAGCCUCAGAGCUCAUGCCCAGAAAAUGACCUCGGAAAUGAACUGGCACAGGCCCUAUCCAACAUUAUCCUGAAGCACUCCAUUGAUGAAGUUCACCAGCAAAAUAAAAUAUCAGACCCCAACAGCGGCAGGCGUUCUUCUGAAACUAUGGACACGUUAAUGGAAAGUACAAACCAACUGCUCUUCAAUGUGAUGUGCUUCACGUUCAAGAAGAUGAGCCAUAUUGUACAGCACGGUGAAUUUCCCACCGGUCUCUCCAAGGAGACCAUUGGUUGGAGGGAAACCGAACUAGGCAACUGGGCACCUGAGCAGGCUGCUAGUCAGGCAUGGACAGAAGCCACUGAAUACUACAGCAGCCAUCCACUUAUUCGUCCACGUAGCACUAGUCUUGUUAUCGAUGACCUCGUGGGUGCCAUGUCUCCUCAGCAGGACAGCAUGGGCUCCGCAAAGCCAGGCCUCUUCCACAGCCCCGUGCAGCAGUCUGAACUCUCUUGUGCUGCCAGAGCGUCCGGUUCUUCCACUGCUAAAAUAUCCCCCAAGAGAAUAUACCUGAAAGGAACCAUGGGAAAGGCUAUAAAAAACCCUCAUCAGACGCCAAGUCACAGUGAGAAUGAAUGCAACGCCUCUUCAGAGGGAGAGGGGACCCUGACAGCCACCAAGUACGGCAGCGGUUCCCAGGAUUGCGAGGACAGCUUCAGUCCAAACAUCCAAGCAACGUACAACUGUGCCUCGCCUCUAAACAAUGAAGGUCAAGUUAAUCCGUCCUUGUUAGGGAAUGACUUGCCGCUUCCUGCUCAGUCCGCGCUACGGACAAAACAUACAGAGGAAUACUGCAUUACAGACUUCGCCGAAGAAUUAGCAGAGACCAUUGUCUCCAUGGCAACUGAAAUCGCAGCAAUUUGCCUUGACAACUCAAACGGAAAACAACCCUGGUUCUGUGCAUGGAAGAGAGGGAAUGAGUUCCUGGUUACCCCGAGCGUGUCCUGCCGAUCCUUGAAGAGGAAGAAGGAGAGCCAGGCCAGCGGGGCCUCGGUGAGGAAACACAAGCCGCCACGGCUCAGCGAGAUCAAGAGGAAAACGGAUGAGCACCCGGAGCUUAAAGAGAAGCUGAUGAACAGGGUUGUGGACGAGUCGAUGAACCUCGACGACAUCCCAGAUUCUGUCAAUAUCUUUGCAAACGAAGUGGCAGCCAAGAUCGUGAACCUAACCGAGUGUUCCCUGGUGGACGGUACCUGGCAAGCCCAGAGCUUUCCUCGGAAUCGCCUGCACAGCGGAGACAGGUGGGCCCGGCGGAAGGCCUCCAGCUGCGAGAGCAUCGCGGAGGAGGACGCCGGCGCCAGGGCCUAUGUCAGCAGCCUGGGUUUAAUGAGCACCCUAAGCCAGCCGGGGAGCAGGGCCAGCUCUGUCUCCAAGCAGUCCAGCUGUGAGAGCAUCACCGACGAGUUUUCCAGGUUCAUGGUGAACCAGAUGGAGAAUGAAGGACGAGGAUUUGAGUUACUGCUGGAUUACUACGCAGGCAAGAAUGCCAGCAGCAUUGUGAACUCAGCGGUGCAGCAGGCGUGCCGGAGAGGCGACCACCUCAGUGUGAGGCCGAGCUGCCCCUCCAAGCAGUCCAGCACCGAGAGCAUAACGGAGGAGUUCUACAGGUACAUGCUGAGGGACAUCGAGAGAGAGAGCAGAGACAGCACCUCCUCCAGGCGGAGCAGCCAGGAUUGGGCAGCUGGUUUACUGUCACCGUCUCCGAGGUCCCCGCUGUGUUACAGGCAGUCGUCUAUGCCGGACAGCAGAGCCCUGGGCGCCCGGCUGACAGUGAACGCGCCAUUGAAAGCCAACUCCUUAGAUGGCUUUGCUCAAAACAGCCAGCGAGACUUCCUGAGCGUACAGCCGGUCACCGGUGCUUCCUCGGCCGGGCUCUGCAAGUCCGAUUCCUGCUUGUAUCGCAGGGGUGGAACUGACCAGAUCACAACCAUGUUAAUUCAUGAGACGUGGGCAAACUCCAUCGAGGCCCUCAUGCGGAAGAACAAAAUUAUAGCGGAUGACGGCCAAGCCCACGCUGAGCCGGUUUCCGGUGGCUCUCCCUGGCAAAUGGACAAGGGUGCAAAAAGAUUAACCUCAAGCAGAGUGCAAAGUGGGCCAAUUCUUCUUGUCCAGGAAUCUAUUGAUUACCAGAGGAAAGACUGUGGUACCGAAAACCAGCAUGCCCCCGGGUCCUCUCCAAGCAAAGCUACUCCUCUUAGCUUAGAUUCUGAAAAGGAAACUUCCUUGUGCCGCGGUGGUGUCCCUAUAAACCACACCAGGCAAUCGCUUCGCUCAAGGGAAGUGCCUUUAAUUCAGAUCGAAAUCGAUCAGAGAGAAGAGUGCGUUGGCGAACCUGAAUACAUCCUUCCCAAAAGCAGCCCCCUAGAAGAAGCAGAGGAGCAUUUGAAGGAAGAAAGAGUCCCAGAUGAGGCGAGGGGUGGAGACGCUAAGAAGAGGGCCUGCCAGAACCGCAGGGACAGCCGUGAUGCCAGAGAUGGACCAGAGGCUGAAGUCUCCACAGAAGGCAGAGCCCCCAGUGAGGUCCCCAACCCUCCCAGCAGCAGCGGGGAGAGCACAGACAGCUGGUCCCAGCUCGCCAAUGAAGAGGACAACCCAGACGACACAAGUAGCUUUCUGCAGUUCAGUGAGCGAUCCAUGAGCAAUGGCAACAGUAGUGCCACUAGCAGUCUUGGCAUUAUGGACCUGGACAUUUAUCAGGAAGGCAUGCCAUCUUCUCCCAUGAUUAAUGAAUUAGUAGAAGAAAAGGAGAUUCUUAAAGAACAGUCAGAAAAAGGAGAGGAAUGUGCCCCUGGAGCGCCUGUGGGAGCAGCCAGCCAUCAGGGCGGCCUGCUGGUGAUCAACUUUGACCUGGAGCCGGAGUGUCCUGACGCUGAGCUUCGAGCCACUCUGCAGUGGAUAGCUGCCUCUGAACUUGGGAUUCCUACCAUCUACUUUCAGAAAUCUCAGGAAAACAGAAUUGAGAAGUUUCUAGAUGUUGUGCGGCUGGUUCAUCAGAAGUCCUGGAAAGUGGGGGACAUCUUCCACGCUGUUGUUCAGUACUGCAAAAUGCAUGAGGAGCAGAAAGAUGGGACCCCAAGUCUCUUUGACUGGCUGCUGGAAUUGGGAUAAAGCAGCCACGCCUUGUACAGUAUUCCUCUCCUGCAUUCCAGCUUAGAUUACGUUGAUUUGCUCUAAAUGCUCUAACCUUCUGCAAACAUUGCAUCACAUUAGCAGAGCUAUAAAAAAAAAAUGUUCAAGGUUACUACCCAUGGAAUACAUCUGACGAAAAAUAAAAUACAGAUCUGUAAAAAUCCAUACAACACAUGGGUGAAUUCAAAAGGGUUUAUAUUAGAGUGGCUGGGAAAACAGGAGCUUUUCUGGGCCUCAGAUUAAAAGCUUAUAAUUAAGCCCAAAUUCUAAGAAAGCUACUCUUGCAUAUUUUUAAUAUACAAUGUGUAAAAUCACCAAUUAUGUGAAUCAGCUGGAAACAAAGUCAUUGGUCAAAAUAAUUUUGUAAACUAUGCUAUCACCUUUAUGUGACUUUUUGGCACAGAUUACAGGGCUGUGAGCCCAGGUGAACACUUAAAAUAUGGGUGAGAAAUUUCCAGAACUUUGACAUAAAAAAAUUUUCGUUUUCAGACUAAUGUCACUGGAUAUUAACAAAAAUGUAAACGUAUCAUCAAUGUCUUCUAAUGAGGAUUUUCAUUUGUUUACUGCACCUCACUAAUAUUCCAUACCUCCCCAACAAUGUCUGGAUUUCUAACCAAUCAGAAAACUAUUGGUGUUCAACUGAGAAAGAGAAGGAUCAAAGAUUGUCUUGUUUCCAUCUCUGUAUUAGUUGGCUAACAUGGUUACAGAAUUCUUACCCUAAGGGCAAGCUUUAUACAAAAAUAAUAAUAAUAAUAAAAGAAAGAAAGGCUUUUGAGGUAAAAAUGUGCUUUUGUAUUACAUUAUAUAAAUAUAAACAUUCAUUUUAUUAGUAUUAUUAUUAUAAAUUAUGAAGAGAUUAUCUUAAAUAAUACAUUGAGUUAUUUCAGAGAGUCAUAAAAUCUGAAGAGAUUGUCAUCUUAAGUCACAAACUGAUACUCGAGCUCAGUGGUUUCACUAUAAAUGCAUUGGUACGGACCCAGACGGCAGACCUGCUACUCAGGCGAUAAUCAGCCUGACAGAUGGAGGAUGUGACCUAACCAGUUAGGAUCAUAGACUCCUUCUGAUUCAAAGAUACUGGUGUUUAAUUUGGGAAAAAGAAAACCUUAUUGUAUUUAAAUAUUUUAAUAACAGAGAUUUAGUCUUUUGGAAAAUGAAAGUGUCUAACUUCUCCCUAAUGAGCUUCCUUUCCUUUCAACUAAAUAAGCUACACUGGCUUUUAUUUUCUUGAUCAAAGGAGAUGGUUAUUGAAGAUUUCCUGAAAUAGUAUGCCUUUACACUAUUCUUAAAGGUUGUGAAGUAACUUUAAAUGGGAGCAAGGCCCCAGGCCAGCCAGGCUGGCCUUAAGUAUCAUCUGCAUCUUGAAACAUCAACAACUUCCUCUUAAGCCACGCUUUCCUUCCCUCCGCCCACCCCAGGCCCCCUCCCCGCGCUCAGUAGGCAUUUAUGAUAUAAAUAGUCCAAAUUUAGGUUAUUCAUGUAAUUUGACACAUUAAUCAAAUGCCAAAUUUUAAAAUUUAUCCAUCAUCUCAAGCUGAAAAUUCUCUGUGCUCUUAAAUGACAAAGGACCUAUUUAUUUUUUACACAAUCUCAGAAUAUCGCGUGUACUUCUGUUGUGCUUUAAUGAAUGUUUACUUAUCCUGCAAAGCACAAAUAUUGGAUUGUAACCAUGUGGUGAAGUUGUACUUAAUGUUGCAAACUAACAAAUAAA